AUGCAAUUCCCAACCCUCACCCUCCUCCUCAGCACCUUAGCCAUCAGCACUUCCGCCAUAACCGUAUCCUACGAUACCGGCUACGACGAUGCCUCUCGUUCUCUUGCCGUAGUAUCCUGUUCUGACGGAAUCCACGGAUUACUUCCCAAGGGAUACACUACCCAAGGAUCCUUGAAGAAUUUCCCCAACAUUGGGGGUGCCUCCACGAUCGCCGGUUGGAACGAUGCCAACUGUGGGAGUUGUUAUCGAUUGAGUUAUGCGGGGCGAUCUAUCAACGUGUUGGCGAUUGAUCAUGCGGGUAGCGGGUUCAACAUUGGGCAGAGGGCGUUGGAUACGUUGACCGGGGGCCAGGCGGUGGCUUUGGGGAGAAUUGAUGCGAGUUAUGUGCAGGUGGCUGCUUCGGUUUGUGGGUUGUAG